AUGGUGUGCUGCUUAGAAUAUAGUGAAUCAGUGGAUAUAGUGUGCUCUUCAGAAUAUAGUGAAUCAGUGGAUAUAGCGUGCUCCUUAGAAUAUAGUGAAUCAGUGGAUAUAGUGUGUUCUUUAGAAUAUAGUGAAUCAGUGGAUAUAGUGUGUUCUUUAGAAUGUAGUGAAUCAGUGGAUAUGGUGUGCUCCUUAGAAUAUAGUGAAUCAGUGGAUAUAGUGUGCUCUUCAGAAUAUAGUGAAUCAGUGGAUAUAGCGUGCUCCUUAGAAUAUAGUGAAUCAGUGGAUAUAGUGUGCUCUUCAGAAUAUAGUGAAUCAGUGGAUAUAGUGUGUUCUUUAGAAUAUAGUGAAUCAGUGGAUAUAGUGUGCUGCUUAGCAUAUAGUGAAUCAGUGGAUAUGGUGUGUUCUUUAGAAUAUAGUGAAUCAGUGGAUAUAGCGUGCUCCUUAGAAUAUAGUGAAUCAGUGGAUUUAGCGUGCUGCUUAGCAUAUAGUGAAUCAGUGGAUAUGUGUGUUCUUUAG